AUCAUAAUAAAUACUCCUCAUCCUCGGCACGCAAAAUAAAAAAUCAUAAAAAGAAAAACUCCACAACGCAACCCAAACAAUACUUAGCCACUUUUCCUUAAUCCUAAUAUGGAAUAAUUAAAUUGAUUCUCCUUCUCCCCAACUUUUCGCCAUGUCAAACCCACCCAAGGAGAAUCACCGUGACAACGACGACGCCGGAGCUGCUUUCGUCCUCGAGUCCAAAGGUGAAUGGUGGCACGCGGGUUUUCACUUAACAACCGCGAUUGUGGGGCCAACGAUACUAACGCUGCCGUACGCGUUCAGAGGAUUAGGGUGGGGGAUUGGGAUGUUGUGCUUAACGGUUAUGGGUAUUGUAACUUUCUACUCUUAUGGUCUAAUGUCCAAAGUUCUUGAUCAUUGCGAAAACUCCGGUCGCCGCCAUAUUCGUUUCCGGGAACUCGCCGCGGAUGUUUUAGGGUCGGGAUGGAUGUUCUAUUUUGUAAUCUUUAUUCAAACAGCAAUCAAUACUGGAGUUGGCGUAGGGGCUAUUCUUCUUGCUGGUGAAUGCCUUGAGAUUGUGUACUCCAAUAUUGCACCUCAUGGAUCACUAAAAUUGUACCACUUCAUAGCAAUGGUGACAGUGGUAAUGAUAGUUUUGUCUCAGCUUCCCACUUUCCAUUCCCUGCGACACAUCAACUUGUGUUCCCUUUUUCUCAGCCUCGGCUACACUUUCUUGGUUGUUGCUGCCUGUAUUUAUGCAGGUACAUCCAAAAAUGCCCCUCCAAGAGACUAUUCUUUAGAAGCUGAGAAAUCUUCAAGGGCCUUCAGUGCCUUCACCUCCAUCUCUAUAAUUGCAGCAAUAUUUGGGAAUGGUAUAUUACCUGAGAUACAAGCAACUCUAGCACCUCCUGCAGCUGGAAAGAUGGUAAAAGGUCUUACAAUGUGUUAUGCUGUAAUUUUGGUGACAUUUUACUCUGCUGCAGUUUCUGGGUAUUGGGUAUUUGGAAACAAGUCCAACUCAAACAUUUUGAAGAGUUUGUUGCCUGAUAGUGGACCUACUUUGGCUCCAACUUGGGUCCUUGGACUGGCUGUCAUCUUUGUUCUUCUUCAACUCUUUGCAAUCGGUCUGGUUUAUUCUCAAGUUGCUUAUGAGGUAAUGGAGAAGAAAUCGGCCGAUGUGAAGCAAGGGAUGUUUUCUAAAAGAAACCUCAUUCCUCGCCUAAUUCUUCGAACAAUUUACAUGAUUUUCUGUGGAUUUUUGGCAGCCAUGUUGCCAUUUUUCGGGGACAUCAACGGCGUGGUUGGUGCUGUUGGUUUCAUCCCUCUGGAUUUUGUUCUGCCUAUGAUUCUAUACAACAAAACACACAAGCCUCCAAAAUCAUCCUUGACUUAUUUGAUCAACAUCUCAAUCAUGGUGGUGUUCACUGGUGCUGGAAUCAUGGGUGCAUUCUCUUCCAUAAGGAAAUUAAUUCUUGAUGCCAAUCAAUUUAAGCUUUUUGGCAGUGAUGUAGUGGAUUGAGCAAAUGCAUGUUAAAGCAUACAACAUUAGAUGUACUAUACUGUUAAUAUGAAAAAACACACGAGGUUAUUUCAAUUUGUAAAACAGGAGAUAUGGAAAAGUCGUGGUGUAUUCCAUUUAUACGGAAAGAAAGUUGUAUCAGGUGUGUGUGUUGAAGUAUGCGAUUCACAUAAUAUGUUUGGUUAAAGAUUUGCAUACUCCAAGAGUUUAAGUCCAAAGAAAUUCUUUAGUUUCCUUCAAAUGCAUGUUUGAUAUUUUUCAGUAAAAAA